AUGUUAUCUUUCGACGUUGAUAAUGUUUUCAUUCGUAAAUGGUUAGUGUCGUUGUUUGUUGUUGGCACACGUACGCCCACGGAUCAGUUUGCCCGACAAACGGACGACACAGGUGUCGCAGUUACUGCAUUCUGGGCCAAUUGGGCAACGUCUGACGAAACGUUUGGAUUGAGCAGUAGCUACAUAUUUGAUCGAAGUUCACAUUUGUAUGCGUGCCUUAAUAUUUAUAUUAUGACAACAAUAUGCCUAAUCAACACAACAAACAGAGCUUACAAAGGCAUCAUGAUAAAAAGUAACUCGUGA